UGACUAUUUAGCCUCAGUCGCUCGCAAUGGCAGACGCUGAGGAACUGGCGCGCAUUGAACGCGGCCGCGCUCUCCUUAGCAAAAAGACAAAGAAGCUGAACAAGCCAACAGCUGCGCCCGCCGCUGUGGCUGCUGCCGAGACAUCCGAGACUGGAGCAUUGCAGCAACAGACACACGGCCAGCACGAACGCAGCGGAAUUGCUGCAGCAGGAGCUGUGGCUGCGAGCGAGGACAAGCCGGCUGCUGCUGCUGCUGCGUUAUUCGAGCACGACGCUGCUGCUGCUGCGGCGGCGCCGAUCGCAUUCGCAGACGCGAUCGCAGCACGCACAGUGCACAACAACAUUAACGCUGCCGCAGAGCGCAGGGCAGGGAGCGCCGCCCGUCCGCCGCUGCCGCAGAGCUUUAUGGACGAGUCGUUCAGCUACUUUGGCGGAGAUCCCGCUGCCGAGCAGCAGGCCAUCGCGAUGCCGCCGCCAGCACAGCAGCAGACGCCUAUUGUCGCUGCAGCAGUCACGGGCAGCAUGGACGCGCCGAGAGUGCUGCACGGAUAUGCUCAAUCGCCACAACUCGAGCCCCAUCCUACCUUUGCCGCCGCCGCGCAGUACCAUCAGCCUGCAGCUGCACACAAUGGCACAAUGCCUGUUGACGAUCCCGUUCUGCGGGACAAGCUGGCUGCGGCAGAAAGCAAGGUCUAUCAGCUCGACGCCGCCCUCGUUACUGCGCUCCGCGACGCAGAACAGCUGCGCAGCCACCACCAGCAGCUCCAGCAGCAACUCCAGGCGCAGCUCGAGCAGCAGUAUCACACACAGCUUGCCGAGCAGGCCAACCACUUCAAGCAACAGGCGCAGGAAGCAGAGAAGCUCGUCGUUCAACUGCGGCAGGGGCACCUUCAGGAUCGGCAGGCGUGGGAGCGCGAGGCAAAGCAAAAGGAUGCCGCGCGGCAAGCCGACGUCUUGCAGCAAACUGCAGAGAAGGAGGAUCUUCGGCAGACCAUCCACCAUCUCGAAUCAAAGCUCCACGAAGCAACUGCUUCCACGAAAUCCAACGUUGACACUCUCGAACAGCGCGAGCGGGAACUCGACCAGCUCAAGCGCGAUAACAGUGCCAUUGACACCAAGUUGAACCAAGCGGUGGCUCGUUCGGAGCUGAUCGAGCAGGAGCGAACCCAGGAGCGAAACCAGCUGAACGCUGACCUUGCGGCCGCACGAAAGCGCGCAGAGGCGGCUGAGCACAGCGCCAAGCAAUCUGACGCGCGCGCCGCUGAUGCGGAUGCACGCACCAAAGCCCUCGAGCAGCGCGCUGUUGCUGCCGAGGCCCGCGUCACCAGCUUGGAGCAACGUGCCAUCGUCCCGCAACAGGACCUCCCGACUGCGGCAUCCUUGUUCCAAAAGCCUGCCGCCUCACCCACAGUCGAAGCCCAGCUUCGCCACGAAAUCUCCAAGCUGAAGGAAGACCUCGAGCGUCUCCACGUUGCCGCGAGGGACCGCGAGGACUUUGAGCCUUUGUACCAACAAGUUUCGACGCAGCUGCUUGAGCGAGACAAUGAGCUUGCAGCUGCCAAGAUCGCCUUGGAGAGCAAGCAAAGUCAAAUUCUUGCCCUCCAGCAAGCCGAAUCCAAACUUUUGGCGGAGCGACAACAACUCGAAAAGCAGGUGCAGGACAAGGAUGACGAGAUUGCGCAAAUGAUUGAGGCCGAAGAGCUUCGCGUGGAUGCGGAACUGAAUGCGGAACUGGAUGCAGGCAAACACUCCUCUGGUGUUGCCGACCACCUCGAGCAGCUUGGCACGUUGCAAACGGAGGUACGAGCUGGCGAGAAUCAGCGUCUCCAGCUCGAAGUCACGAUCGGAACGCUCACCCAUGAACGUGACCAGCUGCGAUCGCAGCUGAAUGUUGCGCUGGAAAAAGAGAAGCAGCUCCAGCAGGCGCUCAACCUGGCAAAAGAGGAGCGCAAACAACGUGCUGACGAGCCCCAGGCCCGCCCGCGGGACUUUGCUGAUGCCUCGCCGACGAUCGGACGUGCCAGCGAGCAUGAAAAAGGAGUGCAGCAACACCUCGAGCGGACUGUGGCAGCUGCCACAGAACAGGCUGCGGAACAAGCCAGCGGCCUCGCGCUGCUCGAGAUGCGCCUCAGCUCGCUUGUUGGUCAUAUUGCCAAGCUCAAGACCGCUCUCGGCCAGGAGCGGGGCCGCAACUCCAUGCUGCUCCACCUCUGCCGCGACCAGGAGCAGCAACUUUCCAAUCUUGUGCAAGGCGGCGCUGUUGCCUCGAAUUGAGCUUUGAACGGUGCCGACCAGGCUGCUGAAAUUUUCUAUUUGCACAAGAGAGUUGGACGGGUUGCAAUUUGUGUCGUUGAUUUUUGAUGGAAGUGUUGUUGUUGUUGUUACAAAACGAUAUAAGGCAAAAACGAAGUAUCAAUUCUGG